CGCGCGGACCGUCGUCAAGGGGCCCGGACCAAAGUUGCCCGGACUUUGUGCUCAGCAUUCGUCGUUCGUCGCAUCCCACGGUCGCGCUAUGGACCUUUCGGACCUAACGUCUCUAGAGCUCGAAAUCCUGGAACGGACAGCUGACAUGGGUGCCAUAUCCUACGAUUCGACCCCGAUGCGCGACGUCGACGAACGCAGCGCCGCGGGCACCGACUGUGGCAACGACGAACGGCCGCGCCGCGGUGAAGCGAGUCCGCAAGAGCUGGAAGACGCACCCGACGAUGGAACCGGGCGGCUUGGGAACACGGACUGGUGUCUAUGUGGUUCCUGCGCGCCGAUGGAGACCGUCGUCGAGUGCGUCUGCUGCCGCGAAUACCCGGCCGUCGCACGGAAGCAGCAGGGCCGGCAGGGCUGCGUAACGGGCCACCCGGACUUCGAGGCCCUGUGCCUCAACCCUGAGGUGUUGAGGUUGGCCUACCUCAACAUGCGGCACUACGGGCAGCAAGGGAUGGGCGCAAGUGCCAGCGAGCACUACAGAUUUGCAGCCUACAGGCAGUGUGCCCUGUGGCUGUGGAGCCGCUUGGGAAAGAAGAAUAGGCGGCCCCUGCCAUCCUGUGUGGUCAAGACAAUUAGGGGCAGGUACCCUACUGACGUGUAUGCGGGCUACAAGGAUGCAGAAUAA